GCCAGAGGACGGAGAAGACUCCUGCAGGAUCUGUGCUGACAGUGGUCCUUGUCUACAACAAGCAAUGAGUGUGUGUGUGUGUGUACACAUAUAUAUAUAUAUAAGCGUGACACUUGUCUGUUUGCCAAGAAAAGCACACACUCAGACUGCAAAAAUGGGCAAGAUCAUCUUCUACGAGGACAGGAACUUCCGGGGCCGUCACUACGAGUGCACGGGCGACUGCACAGACCUGCAGGCCAUGUUUGACCGCUGCCACUCCAUCCGUGUGGAGAGCGGCAUGUUCAUGAUCUAUGACCGCCCCGGCUACAUGGGCAACCAGUGCUUCAUGAGCAGGGGCGACAACCCUGACUACAUGGGCACCACAUGCAUGAAUGAAUGCGUGCGCUCCUGCCGCCUCAUCCCCAUGCACCGCGGCACCUUCAGGUUGAGGCUGUACGAGCACUUUGACAUGGAGGGCCAGAUGAUGGAACUGACCGACGACUGCCCCAACCUCAGCGACCGCUUCCGUGUCUCCAACUUCAACUCGUGCGAUGUGGCCGACGGCCACUGGCUCCUGUACGAGCAGCCCAACUACAGGGGGCGCCAUUUCUACCUGCGGCCCGGAGCCUACAGGAGCUUCAACGAGUGGAGCGGCACCACUUCCAGGGUGGGCUCCAUCAAGCGUCUCAUGGACCUCUAAGGAAGACCGAGAUCCUUGUCAAGUGUCUACUCUUUGCACUUUCUCACACGCUGAAUAAAAUGGCGUCCGUGCUCAAA